AUGGUUAGUAGUGCUGUAAAGGUGGUCUCCAUUCUGAUCACUUAUUUGAACGACGGCACUACUGAAAUUGAAUAUUUCAUUUACGAUGGGUUCAAAACUAUGAAAUUGAAUCAGAGAAUUUUUGACGACUUUUUUAGAAUAAAGAAGAUCAAAGAAGUUGACGAUAUUUUGUGGUUUUGCACCUUUGCGUUGACAUGCUGGUAUUUUGACUUACCGAUACAGUUGUUGAGUAUCAUUUGGGUUUGGAACAGCAGCGAUAGUGAUCAGUUUAACCAUUUUAUUGCUUUCACAAAAACGUUACUCACCAGUCGAAUGCUUCAACAAAUGGCCGUUUUGCCUAGCAGCAUGGAAAUUAUGGCAGAUAUGGACGAUUUUCAUUUCGUUUGUCAUGCUCAUGUCCUUAAUUGCACUGGUAUCGCUAAUCUAGGCUGA